CGGAGUUCCCCGCUGGUGUCACACACUGUCACCGGGCUUCUCGGCUUCGGCGCCAGCCUUCAAACCUGUCUUUAUCCAUUGUUCAGUUUCCUGUGAGUCAAGUUCAGCCAGGCUUCAUGCUCUACAAAGACGGUCACAAACACAUUCCCUUGCAGACACCUGGGAGGCAGCGCCGCCUGUCACCCGCCACAGAUCCAAACAGGAGGAACCGAGGGGCGUUCCCAUUCCAGCGGCUCUGGGUGGCGGGGUCGCCGGGGAGCCCCUCUGCUGGGGAGCGCCCAGCCCUCCGCGGGCGUGGCCGGUUUGGCCCGGCCCCUUGCCCGCCCUGGUCGCCUCGAGAGAGUCCCCGCCCGGCCACCGGCCGUCAGCGCGCUCCCUUCGUGUCUUCCCGGUCUCUGCUCGCCUCGGACGAGCCCCACCGAGGGGGAUGCUCUGGGCACCACCUCCCGGGGCAGUUGAGCCUCUCAGUGCACUCGGGCGUCCCCGGCCCCGGAGGCCAGGGGAAGUUGUCUUGUGAGCCCGAGGCCCCGGGGUCUCCUCCCCCUGAGCCCCGCCCCCCGCCCGGCGCUGGGGACCGCAGAGCCGCCCGGCCCGGGGGCGUCGCCGCUAGCUCUCCGGAGCCCUAGGAGCCCACGGAGCCAGCGCGGCCAGCGAGCGUCCCUGCAAGCAGCGCUUGUGGCCCGGCGGCCCAAGGACCCCUGCGCCACGGCGCGCGCCCAGAGCGCGGGAGCCCGGAGCACCGGGCGCCUGGGACCCCGCGCAGCCGCUGGCCAGCCCGCGGGGCUAGGCAGGGAUGCCGGCUGCACUGUGAGCUCGGGCGCUAGGGCCAUGGCCGGCGCCCGCUGCCGGACCUUGUACCCCUUCUCCGGGGAGCGGCACGGCCAGGGGCUGCGCUUCGCUGCGGGCGAGUUGCUCACUCUGCUCCAGGUCCCGGACGGCGGCUGGUGGGAAGGCGAGAAGGACGACGGGCUCCGUGGCUGGUUCCCCGCCAGCUACGUGCAACUGCUGGAGAAGCCUGGGAUGGUCCCCCCUCCGCCGGGAGAGGAGAGCCAGACGGUCAUCCUUCCACCUGGCUGGCACAGCUACUUGUCCCCUCAGGGCCGCCGUUACUAUGUCAACACGACUACCAAUGAGACCACCUGGGAACGGCCCAGCAGUUCUCCUGGGAUUUCAGCCAGCCCUGGCCCUCACAGGAGCUCUCUGCCUCCAACAGUGAAUGGAUACCACGCAUCAGGGACCCCGGCGCACCCUCCAGAGACUGCCCACAUGAGUCUCCGAAAAUCCACCGGUGAUUCCCAGAACCUGGGAUCCUCGUCGCCAGGCAAAAAGCAGAGCAAGGAAAACACCAUCACUAUCAACUGUGUGACAUUCCCUCACCCAGACACAAUGCCUGAACAGCAGCUGCUCAAGCCAACUGAGUGGAGCUAUUGUGAUUACUUCUGGGCGGAUAAGAAGGACCCGCAAGGCAAUGGCACGGUGGCUGGGUUUGAACUGCUGCUGCAGAAGCAACUGAAAGGCAAGCAGAUGCAGAAGGAGAUGUCCGAGUUCAUCCGGGAAAGGAUAAAGAUUGAAGAGGAAUAUGCAAAGAACCUGGCUAAGCUCUCUCAGAACUCCUUGGCUGCCCAGGAGGAAGGCUCCCUGGGAGAAGCGUGGGCCCAAGUGAAGAAGAGCCUGGCCGACGAAGCUGAGGUUCAUCUCAAGUUCUCCGCCAAGCUCCACAGCGAGGUGGAGAAACCACUGAUGAACUUCCGCGAGAACUUCAAGAAGGACAUGAAAAAGUGUGACCACCAUAUCGCUGACCUCCGCAAGCAGCUGGCCAGCCGCUACGCCUCAGUGGAGAAGGCCCGCAAAGCCCUCACAGAGCGGCAGAAGGACCUGGAGAUGAAGACCCAGCAGCUGGAGAUCAAGCUGAGCAACAAGACCGAGGAGGACAUCAAGAAGGCGCGGCGGAAGUCCACUCAGGCUGGCGAUGACCUCAUGCGCUGCGUGGACCUCUACAACCAGGCCCAAUCCAAGUGGUUUGAAGAGAUGGUGACGACCACAUUGGAGCUAGAGCGGCUGGAGGUGGAGAGGGUGGAGAUGAUCCGACAACAUCUGUGCCAGUACACACAGCUGCGGCAUGAGACAGACAUGUUCAACCAAAGCACAGUCGAGCCUGUGGACCAGCUGCUGAGAAAAGUGGACCCAGCCAAAGACAGGGAGCUCUGGGUCAGAGAACACAAAACGGGCAACAUUCGCCCAGUGGACAUGGAGAUCUAGACGCGCCUGGGUGGUCCUGGGGGUCCUGCUGAGGAGAGGGGCUGGGGGUCCCACGGAGGAGUGGAUUUGCCCUAUUACCUGCUGACCUGUCCGCAGAGGAGAAAAAGAGCCGGUGAUUCUAGAAAGAGGACCCAGCCAGGGGCUCCCCCAUAUUCCCAGGCCCUAAAGAUGGACCCACAGCCCUGACUCCAUCUCGAAGACCGAAGCCUCCCCUCCAACUCCCAAGUUGUGCUUGUCACUAGAGGCUAGAACCCUGGGAUCCUGCUGAGUUCCACCGGGGUGGUCAUCCCACGCCUGGGCCCCGGGUAUCCAGAGCCUGUCCCCCAGCUGGCUUCUCAUCUCCAGGGCUAUGGAAGAGGAAGGGAGGGAGGUCUCUGUCUCCAAACAAUGUCAGAACCAGAAUCAAGGAUAGGAGGCACAGAGCAGGUCACAGCCCGCACCCAUUUUUUUCAGUCCUCCCUACUUUCCCCCAUUGCAUUCUGGGAGCCCACAUCUAUUUUUUCAUCCCCCAUACAGGGCAGUGGCGCCGGGGGGGGGGGGGGGGGGGG